AUGCCUCCCCCAGGACCUAGGCGCGAACCAGUUUUGAAGUUUACACCAACUAUCCGCUUUGCCCAGAAAGCCUACCUAGUAGUCGUCGGCCUCGUGCGCGACAAAGCUGCCACAGAAGAGGAAGUCGCAGCGGAGCAACCAGGCAGAAACAUCCAGAGGGGGGGGGGACGGUUGCCGUUCAAGUGCAAAAGAGCCGCAGACCUGCUCUCGCAAAAGGGAGAGGCGAUGAAGGAGGUGAUCACGCUUACCUCCGGCGCGGCAGGGCAGAUAUUGACUUCACCGCGUGCUAUGAGGUUGCGACAAGGCUGCGAUGAAUGUGGCUACGGCGAAAUUCAGCGCGCAGGAUCGGAAGGAUGGGAUAUCAUUUCAUCAACUGGACUGGGCGGUAAUGCUGCAGGUGUUACCGACCUACACAUCCCAGUUUCAAGGGACCCAUGCCUGUUGAGCCGUCGCAAGGUGGUUUUGCAACAAAUGGGGGAGGAAAGGGGGGGUGUUUGGGGAGGAUGCGCCCUUUGCAGCAGAGAAGGGCAAUGUAAAUCGGGCCUGUCACGUGGAUUCACGGCCUCGUUCCGCGGCUGCUGGGGUGCAACGGCUCUUCCUCCACGUACUGGCCCCACUCGAGCCACGAAACCUAGUUUACCCCGCAAAACAGAUCUCCGUUCCGCCCCAAAUCUUGGCGCUGCUGGCGUCACACGGGACCCCACACACAGGGUCGUGUCUCUGGGCGUGUCUCUGCCUCUGCCUCAUCAAUGGGCGAAAUGGGAAAGAAGGGGAAAAGGUGAAGAAGGGGCGGGAAAGGGGCGGGAAAGGGGCGGAACCUGCGCGCGCCACGGGCCAGGCCCAGUCAUGGUUGAGGUUGUCUGA